UGUUCUAAUAGAAGCUUCAGCAAGUGCUUCUGGUUUGGCAUUUGGUAGCUAUAAACCUUUGGAGGCAUGUAUGGUGCAAGUCCAUCUGGCAAUAACAUAGAAUUGUAGAGAAGAGGCUUUUAGUGAACUCUCUGAAGCUCUCUGAUGUGCAAAGUAUGUGCAAGCAUGUGCAAAAAAGUAUAGUCAACUUAAUGCUGUGUACCAGUUCAUUAUUUGCUCUUGACAUUGCAUCAUACAGUUGUAGGAUAAUUUAGCUUGGAAGGAACCUCUGGAGGUCAUCUAGUUCAACUCCCUGCUUAAAGCAGUGCUAUCGUUGAAGUUAGAGCAGGUUGCUCCAGGCCUUGUCUGGUUGAGAUUUCUCUUGAAGGCUUUAAAAUGGAAUUGAAAGUUGGGUCUGAAAUUUAGCCAAAUUUGGAGCUAAGUGCCCCAAACUUUGGAAAGUUACAGUUUUAAGCAGUCUGAAUGAAGCAUACUCGGUUAAUUGGAAGUUGUGUUUCUUUUCCAUUUUUGGUGUCAUGAUUCUGUUUCUCCAGUUGUGCAACAGUCUUCAGUGUGCACAAUAUAGAGAUUUUUGGAAGAUAAAAAGCAAGCAGAAAAUUAUAUUGCCCCGCAGCACACAGAUUUUCUCUUAGUAGAUACAAAACUGAAGUAUUUUUAAAGUAGCAUUUCUCUAUACAUUAACAAAAAAAGGCUGAUAAACCACUUUAAGUUUGAAAGGUUCUUAGUAUUUUACCUGCAUAAUGACUUACUUAUUUAAAGGCUAAAGUACUGAGUCCUGCAUUCAUAGAGGUGCAAUGUAAUCAGCUUUAUUUCUAUGUCCUUAACAGCAUGAAGUUCUUCCUGUGCAAAACCCAGCUCUGGUGCCUUACUUGUCCACUAAAUGAAUUAAAUGUAUUCGCUCAGUGAGUCAAGGCUGAUGGAAUGAAGAUAGCUGAUCUGACACUGACGGCCUUGCUGAAGCUGUAGAUAAAAGCACAACCUCAGCAGAUGCAGUUCUCAAUGUCCUAAGGACUCCAGAGAAGAAUCUCUCAGGACCCACAGCAAAACAACUCCACAAAAAGAGGCACCUUCAGAACAAAGAUGAACAUCGGGGAAGCUUACAGUACCUUUAACAUCAGCAAUGGAACAGAUCUAGCUAUUGGCUUUACCUCUUCCACAGUAGCUGUCCUUCUAUUUGGGACAAACUUUGUGCCUGUUAAGAAAUUUGAUACUGGUGACGGCAUGUUCUUUCAAUGGAUUCUCUGUGCCUCCAUAUGGAUAGUUUCUUUGGUGGUCAAUUUAAUCCAGAAUUGCCCCCGGUUUUGGCCUCUGGCUAUGGUUGGGGGUUUCGUGUGGGCUACAGGCAAUGUUACAGUUGUCCCUAUUGUUAAAACUAUUGGCUUAGCUCUUGGUCUUUUGAUAUGGGCUUCUUUUAAUUUGCUGACAGGUUGGGCAAGUUCAAGGUUUGGUUGGUUUGGAAUUGACCCAGAAGAGGUAUCAAGACCAAUCUUAAAUUAUAUUGGAGCUGGACUUUCGCUAUUAAGUGCUGUCAUAUUUCUUUUUGUAAAAACUGAAGUCCAGAGUUCUUCAGCUUCGUUAGAAAGCACGCCUUUACUGAGAGAAAGUUCUAUUAAUGUUUCUGAAGAUAAUUCUGAUGACUCAUGGGUGAACAGACUUUCUCCAGCAAAAAAGAGACUCAUAGGAUGUAGCCUGGCUGUAGUAGCUGGAAUACUCUACGGUUCCAGUUUUGUUCCAGUACUGUACAUCAAGGAUCAUGGAAGAAGAAAUGAAACUAUAUACACAGGAGCAAGUCAAUUUGAUUUAGAUUAUGUUUUUGCACACUUCAGUGGAAUAUUUCUUACAAGUACCAUCUACUUUUUGAUCUACUGUGCAGUCAGGAAAAAUAAACCUAAUGUUUAUCCCCAAGCCAUAUUGCCAGGGUUUGUUUCUGGUGUGCUUUGGGCAAUAGCCAAUUGCUGCUGGUUCAUAGCCAAUCACUAUCUCAGUGCUGUGGUCAGCUUUCCAAUAAUUACUGCAGGUCCUGGCCUUGUUGCUGCAAUGUGGGGAGUCCUUGUAUUUAAAGAAAUCAAGGGACUGAAAAACUACGUGUUACUCUCAGUAGCGUUUUGCAUCAUUUUGGCUGGAUCACUCUCCACAGCUUUUUCUAAAGUUUGAAAGGAUCUUCUGGACCAGUAGAUGGUGCUACUGUUUAAUAUAAUCAAAAAGACAAUAUUGGUAUAUCGCAAUACAUUAUAAUUUUCAAAAUAUAUGUCCAACAUUUACCCUAACUUGCUUCAGGCAAGUGGAAAAAAAACCCUUUGCUAAAUGUUCCCAUUUGGCAUGAAGGAAAAUCUGGAAAUGUUUGUUUCUGCAGUACAGAACAGUAAGAAUUAUCAAAGGAUUUUAUUAAAUAAAGCUAAAUGAUUUUAUAGUUACUAAUUUUUUUUUCCUGUUCGGGUACUAAACUUCAUGUCAUCAUAAAUUGCAGUUCACUGUUGUGAUGGUGGAUAAAGGGAUUUUAAUUCUUAGUCUGUAAUACCAUAUGUAUGUGCAAGCUGACUUGUUUUAUUAUAACGUUCUUACUGACUUGAAUAUAAAAUAUGUCUUGGAAUAUUUUUUAUGGAACUGAUACACAUGAAGAUGUGAAGCAUUUUUUUUUAUUUAGAAGCAUUAUUCUUUAAAGUCAUCAAUUUACAUAAAAACGUUAUCUUCCAAUCACUUCAGAAUUUUGAAGGAAAUAUAGAAAAAAAAGGUGCUGUAAAAUAAAUUACUUGUGUUUGCUACUAAACUGUUUGUUUAGUUGCAAGAACAUUAUGUAGAAAUCAGAACCAGGAUAGGAAUAGUUGGGGAGGUUUGGGUUUUUUUUUUGUUUUGGUUGCAAGUAAACUUUACAUUUCUGUGUUGCAAUAUGAGCUAAGUAUGUGGUUCAAAGUUUGUUUCCAAAUAACUUUGGGCAUUUUCUGAAUACUUACUUUUCUAUGUAGCAUAUUCAAAUCUUAAAAAUUAUGUAUGGCAAUAUUUAUUACAUUGAAACAUCAUGCUAAAAUUACCCAAUCAUUGUUCUACCCAAAGCAAGAUCAUCUAUAUGUAAAUCGCUUCUGACAGUUGUUGUCUAACUUGUUUCUUUAAAAAAAAAUAAAAGAAGUAGAUUUCACAACAUUUUUAGGCAAACUAACCAGCUUCUAACUACCUGUCCUGCUGGAAAGCCCUAAUAUCCAAAGGAAACUCCCUAUGAGGAAUGUUAUGUCCACUGUUCCAUGACCACCACUAACACGGAGAACUGUUUAUUUUCUUACUCAUGGCAGCUAACCUUUACAUAUGCAAAGCAUGUUGUCUGAACCUCCCCUUAGCCUUUUCUUCAGUAUAUUGGACAAACCCGGCUCCUGCAGUCUUCCCUUGUUUGUAAUGUGCUCAUCGUUUUUCUUGCUCUUUCCUGAACUCUCACUAAGUGGACUAGAUCUGUCUAGGAAAACUGGACAUGGCAGUCAGACUACAGUCUUACAAAAAACAAGAAGAGCAGCAGUAAGAUUUUUUUUUUUUUCCCCAUCCAAUUUGCAAGCUCAGUUCAUGGUUACACAUCAUAGUAUGACACUUUUUGCUGUCACGGCUUGAUAUUGUUACUGUGUUCAGAUUGCAAUCAUAAUUUCUCGUUUCUCCCACUCUUCUUUGUCUACUUUUUAUCGGAUUUGAUCUUAGAACUGUUAUUUAGCCCUCUUUGUCCCAUCCUAUAUUGUUUAUUCCUACCCAAGUGUCAGGACUUGGUGUCUGACAGGUUUUUUCCCCCUUAAGGCAUUUCUCUAAUUUUGCUCUGUAUAUUAACCCUGUCCUCCAACAAGUUGGCAGCAUUUUCCAGCCAGGUGUCAUCUGCAAAUUUAAUAAACAUACUCUCUAAUUAUUGUAAAUAAUUAUGAAAAUGCUGCAUGAUACUGGCCUUUACUUACUUUUUGGAAUCUAAUGUAAUACUUCUUUUCACUCUGACGGGGAA